AUGAACAGCGCUGACAACUCAUUUUUGACAAUUACAUCAGUCAAACAUUUACUAGAUUUGCGAUUAGUUUCAAAAUCUUGGACAAUCGCAGUACCACCAUUUAUCUAUACAUCAUUAAAUCUGAAAUCUCUUUGGGCUGAGCGAGCAGGGAGGCAUAUUAGAUUACUGGAAUACGUACCAGUGAACUUGAAUCAAGACCCGACUCCGAUAAUUUGUGCACUUCAGAAUACUUUAGAAGGCCUCUUUGUUACCAGUCUCCCUGAUGAAAUUCCGCCAACUAUUUAUAACGUAUGUUUUCCUAAAUUGAAAAGUUUACGCUUUAUGUUAAUUGAUACAUUGGCAAGUCCGCCAAUAUGGUUGGAAUGGAGCUUCUUUCAAACAAUUGAAGUAUUUAUUACUAGCUAUUCAGAUACUAGAGAUUAUUGGUACGAGACUAUGACUGGUAGCAAUUCAUAUUUAAUAGCACAAGCAGUGAACUUGAAAAAAUUCAUUUUCUUUACUGGAGAAGGGGAGAUUCUGUGGGAUUUUGAUUUAGUAGCUGCAUUUAAAGCACAUGGUAUUGGCUGUUGUUUCAGUACGGAGAUGUCUCAUACUGAGAUAUUAAGUUGUGUAAAAGAGUUGGAUAUUGAAGAACAGCAGUAG